UCAAUUUGGGAAAGGGAAAGGGACUGCGCCAUUUUGUUUUUCACUUUAAUUUUGUCUGCGUAUUUGAUGUAGUUGUGGAUAAAGUGUUUUAAUUAAAUACUUAAAAUUUGCCUUUAAAUUUUAACAAACCAUGUCGGCCCACGAUCAAAUGAGAGCCAUGCUCGACCAGCUCAUGGGCACUGGUCGAAACGGUGAAAACAACAAAUUUCACGUAAAAUUUAAUGACCCCAGGGUGUGCAAAUCGUUCUUACUGAGCUGUUGCCCUCACGAAAUCCUCUCUUCCACACGUAUGGAUCUAGGGGAAUGCCCAAAAAUCCACGAUUUGGCGCUCAGAGCUGAUUUUGAGAAAGCCCAACAAAACAAGGACUACUUCUAUGAUCUUGACGCAAUGGAACAUCUUCAAGCCUUCAUCAGCGACUGCGACCGCCGCACUGAAUCAGCAAAACAGCGCCUUGCCGAGACCCAAGAAGAACUUUCGGCAGAAGUGGCAGUUAAAGCCAACAACGUGCACGAACUUCAGGAGCAAAUCGGUCAAAAGCUGGCCAAAGCCGAGCAACUGGGCGCCGAGGGCUUCGUAGAGGAGAGCAUGAAGCUCAUGGAGGAAGUGGAUGAAUUUAGGAAGAAGAAACUAGAAGCUGAACAGGAGUACAGGAACUCUAUGCCGGCCAGCAGUUACCAGCAGCAGAAAUUGAGGGUUUGUGAGGUGUGCUCGGCGUAUCUUGGCAUUCACGACAACGAUAGAAGAUUGGCUGAUCAUUUUGGAGGGAAACUCCAUCUGGGAUUCAUCAAGAUCAGGGAGAAGCUGAUUGAACUUGAGAAAACUUCUGAGAAACGAAAGGAGGAAAGAAAAAAGGCCUUCAAGGACAGAGAACGUGACGAAGACUACGGUAGUGGAAGACGAUACAGAGAACACUACGUUGGAGGACGCGAACUGGACAGACGUUCCAGAAGGCACAGGUCCAAGUCCAGAGAGAGACGGGACAGGGACAAGGACAACAAAGAUAAAGAUAAAAGCAGCAGGGACAACAAAGAGAGAGAUAGGAAACGCUCUAGAUCUCGCAGCAGAGACAGAAGCCGUCGCUCUCACUCGCACCACUCCAGCUCUAGCGAUAAGAAAAGAGAACGCGAUAGGGAUUGAGCUUGAAGGUUAUUUAUAGAAUUCUAGAAGCCUUAUGCUUUUUUAUGCUGUUUAAACUAUGUCGGUUUGCUAUAUACCGGGUGUUUCGAUUUUAAUAGUAUAAACAUUAAAAAGUGUUUCAUUUAAGAUGGGAUCAGCCUGUAUGGUUAACAUAGUCAAGGGAAAAGUUUGUGAAAUAUAUUUCAAUAAUUUAUAGGCCAAGUUCUUUUAACGGUAUUUAAUAAUGACAUCACUCAUACUAGAAAAAACUGUAUUCUUUGAUCUAUGAUCGCUUUCAAGCGAUUUUUUUAAUUAUUUUAUUUAUAAUCUUCAAGACAGUACUUGUGUGUUUAAUGACGAUUUAGCAGGUACAAAAUAUAAGUUUUGUAGAUAUAUUUUUAAGUUAUAUUAAAAAUAUGGUUAUA